AUAAAAUGGCAGACAAGGGCGCAAUACCUCUUACUAACUCCAGUUGGGCUCAGAAGAACUGAAGCCAUAUUUUCCAGAAGUACAUCAAAGAUAAGAAGACAGACAAGUUUAAUCCUAAUUCAGAAAUAGAUGCCAUCUUUAACGACAUCAGCAUUCAAUUUGACCUUGACGAGUAUGAGAACCUAUUAAAGACAGCAAAGAAGGCUUCGUCUUCUAACAAGACCCUCUCCAAGGCUGAAUUUGAGAAGCUCCUCGUCAAGUGGAUCAUGAUGUUUAAGAGCCAAGUUGUAUCAGAUCUACUAGCUGACUCAAUUGAAACUGUACAGUUAAAAUUAGGUACUAACAAAAACGAAAUCAAAGCCACCAUCAAGGACUUUAACAAAGGUGCAUCUGAAGAGAUCAGCAUAGCUGAUCUCCCGAGAUUCAUACCAGAGUUAAUGUCAACAAUUGGAGUUCGGAUUGUUAGCCUCUCAGCUAAGCAACCUACCUCAGAUUCCUGCAUCUGAACAGAUGCAGAUGAGAAAGUCUUUUAUAACGAGUUAAAGAACCUAGCUAGUAUUAUAAACCUAAAAUCGAUAACUUUCAAAACAUUGGACGAUCUUCUGCUAUCUUACUUCAACGGGCCUGAUCCAAAAUACGCCUUUGUUAAAGUGAGUACAUAUAAUGAUGACUCAGGCCUUGACCCAUUCCAGGAUCUAGGUGAAGAGAAUCCAUUUGCUAAAAAUAAGAAGAAAAACGACACUGCCGAUGAUAAAAAUAUAAAAGAAACAGAGGAAGAUAUCAAAAAGGCUCAAUCACAGAAGGACUCCAAGAAGGUUGAACUUUUAACCAAGAUCAAGCAAUACUACAAAAUGAAGAAGGCUAUGACAGCUGAAAAGGAAAGGGACAGAAUGGACCUCAUGAUAGAUGGCGCCAAGAAAGAGAUAGCUAAGCUUGACGGAAAGAAGAACGAGCCUAAAACAAUCUCAAAUAAAACUGACCUCAAGAAAAUAGAUCGCCAUAAGACAGAUAAUACAGCUCUUAAGCCUCCAAUUGGCAUGAAUAGUGGAUUCAUACAAACUCCUCAGAAAAGUCCCAAAAUUAAGAAUGAUUAUGAUGAAGCUCUGAUCGGAGGCGAACACUUGAUGUUUGAAAAGCCCAAACAGGAUGGGUAUAAUGAUUCAGAUAUGAAUUAUCAAGACCAGGAAUUAAUUCAGCCAUAUCCUUCCUCUCAAAUGGAGUUGCCAUACCAAAAAGAGUAUCUUUACCCGCCUAAGGGUCAGGCUUAUGACAAUAACAUGGGUGCCUACCAUAAAGAAAUGAGCCCACUCAAUAGGGGUAAUAGCCCUUACAUGCAAAGCUCUGGUCCAAAUUCUUCUACAAAAGUCAAACAAAAUAAUUCGUAUAAUCAGUCAGAGCGAGUUCAAAAGCAAAAGGAAGUGGAAAGGAGACUUGAAGAACAAACUGAAUCUAUUGAAGACCGUCGAAAGAAGGCUGUUAAAGAGAUCUUCGACUUCUACACUAGACAGCACCUCAUGAUUGGCAAGAAAGCCACCUUCGAAGAGAUUCAAUAUGAGAUGUCCAAUAUGAACAUGGGAGAGUUUUUGAAGUUCUGAAAAGAUUUUCAAUUCCCGGUCAGUAAACCUAGGUGCUCAGAGAUUUUCAAAAAGACUGCGAAGAACAGCAAGGAGAUGUUCCUCGAACACUUCAAGGAGUCCUUCCCUCGCCUCAUUUCCAUGAGAAACAAAGAAGAACUAGAGAAAUUAGAGAAACGGUUAAAUGAUGUUAUGAUGCUGAUCGAAAAGAGGGCAAAUAAACUUGAAGCAAAUCUUAACCCUAAGCCUAAACCUAAAUCUAAGAAGAACCUCAAAAACUCAGCAAUGAAACAAAUAAACGAUGCUACUUCUCAAGUUAGCGUUCCGCUCAACAUCCAAACUGAGUCGAACAGAAGUAUGGAGGAGAUCAAACUUAAAGACUCGAAGGACUUUAAUUCAAAGAUUAAAAAGAGUAUCGACAAACCUCUUUGCUUACACAAAUCUAAGGGAGGAGACCCACACGGAAUCAUGAGCGAAAUAGAAAACAAAAGUAAGUCAAAACUCAAAGCCAAAAAGAAUGUUGGUGAGCAUGACAUCCCUAAUCUUUCGAGUUCAAAGCGUGACCUUGGCGCUGAGAAGAAGAUUAAAUUAUCCCAAGAGAGCCCGCUCAAAAAUUCUGCUCCUAAACUAGACCCUGACUUUAUCAAUGAGAAGAUCAGCCAGGAUAGAGAAAUCAUUGCUCUUGUUGGUGAAAAAGAACGAAUUGAAAAGCAAAUUGAUGCCAUGACUAAAAUUCCAGAAGAUAUAGAGAAGAUGACGGAAGAGGCUCUGCAAUAUCUCCAAAUUGAUGACCCUUCAAAGUACAAAAAGAAGAUCAAGGGCUUUGCUGCACCCUUCAACAUGACUGAGAAAGAUGACCGGAUCAAAAAGAAUGAGAAAUCCCAGAAGUAUAAAUUCAAACCUCAAGAAGAGAAAGAAAUCAUCAAAGAAAAAGUCAAGCAAAUUAAACAAGAAAGAGAAAAUGCUAAAAUUAAAGAGAAACAAGACCAAGAGAAAAGAUACAACAAAAAUAGAAGUGCUAUGAAGAAUAUCCAUGAGAAAUUGAUGAAGAAGAAACUUAGCAACGGUGAGAUAGACUUGGAGCCAACCCAAGGUAGAAAUCACAACCCAAUCUAUAAUGUUGCAAAAUCAAAUUCAGUGAUGAAGGGACUUUCAAGUGAGCAAAUUCAAAGCGUGAAGAAGAAUUUAGCAAAGGUUGCUAAGAAACUCCCCAAAAAGAUCACAAUGGGAGGUCUCACCUCCCUAAACAUCGAAGAUUUCAGCGGUAACGAACCUGACGGCUUCAAACCAACAGACGUAAUCAACACCGAUUCCGACUCAGACGACUCCAUUCUCCAACAAUACCGCAGAAACUCCGAAAAGGCUGUCCAAGAAGCUUACCAAUUCAGCCAGCCAAACGCUCCACAUCCCCCUCAAAAAUCCCGCAAUAAGAACAACAGUCAGGUCUCAAAGCCGGUUCAUUCCUCCUUGUCCAACCCAGUCAACCCCAAAAUCCUGAACAACCCUCGAACAAGAAGGGGACCAGCCGCCCUUCACAGCCUGGAGGCGAAGCCCCAAGCAAAGCCAGGCAAAAGGGGACAUACAACAGAUCAUGAGAAGGGGAAGAAGAAUCUUUCAACGGAGAGAUUGAGGAAGAAAUUAGGGGCAGGGAAGAAGAAGGUGACUAAGACUGCAAGGAAGAUGGGGAAUCCUUAUAGUUCUGAUGUAGUUAAGGGUAAGGUGAGAUAUCCAGCACAUGUGAAUAAGACUGCAAGGAAAGAAAGCAAGAAAGGGUCUCUAGUGUUGAAGGAAAGAGGUGGAAAGCCUGCUAAAAACAUUCCGCCUCUAAUCGGAAGACGCCACCCUGUGAACAUGUCUGCUGACUCGUACACCCCCUCACUAUCAAAAGCAGCCAAGCUCCAGUCAAAGACAAAGCGGAACCAAGAAGAAAGACUUAAGAACAUCCUGAAGCUACAGGACCACAACAUGAAGAGAGGUCUAGGCGUAGCUUAUAAGAAUAGAAUACAGUUGUAAUAAUCUGUAC